AUGGCCGAUAAUAUGGAAAUCGAUUCUCCCUCUGAAUCUCAGCCCCUCAGUGCUCGAGAUCGAGUCAUUCAGAGGCUUGUGCAGUUUGGGGUUCCUGAGGAGCAGCUUGACCAACCUGGUUUGGUUGCUUUUGUUCAAGAGAAGAAGGUUUUGAUAAAUGAUAUAGUGUAUGCUAUAUUGCCUACCGAUGAUGAACUGGAUGAAGUAUCUCAGGAUUCAAAUUUGGGUUCAAAGAAGAUGUUUAAGGAGAGCUUGUUGUGGUUGCAGUGGUUGAUGUUUAAGGGUGACCCGCGUGAAGCUCUGAAAGGCCUUUCUAAUAUGUCGGUUGGUCAGAGGGGUGUUUGUGCGGCUGUUUGGGGAUCUACUGAUUUGGCUUACAGGUGUAGGACUUGUGAACAUGACCCAACUUGUGCUAUCUGUGUUCCUUGUUUUCAGAAUGGGGAGCACACUGGACAUGAUUACGGUGUCAUUUACACGGGUGGUGGUUGUUGUGAUUGUGGGGAUGUGACAGCGUGGAAGCGAGAGGGGUUCUGCUCAAUGCACAAGGGUGUGGAGAAUGUACAACCACUUUCAAAGGAGGUUGAGAACUCUGUUUCUCCCGUGCUUUCUCCUCUUUUCAAUUGUUGGAAAGAUAGGCUAACAGUUGUGUGUGAUUCUGAUCCAAGAGGAAAGAAGGCCGCAAAUGAUCUAACUUUUGCUAUGGCUACCUUGCUUUUAGACUUUUGCAAGCACAGUGAGAGUUUGCUCAGUUUUAUCGCUGGUCUGUGCUCUACUGAUUUAUUGAGUGUCCUGGUGAGAGCUGAGAGAUUUUCAACUAAUGAUGUUGUAAAGAAACUCCAUGAGCUGCUACUGAAAUUGUUGGGAGAACCUACUUUUAAGUAUGAGUUUGCUAAAGUUUUUCUCACUUACUAUCCAAGUCUUAUAAAGGAGGUCAUUAAAGAGGGCAGCGACCUUCCUCUAAAGAGAUAUCCACUAGUAUCCAUGUUCUCUGUGCAGAUACUUACAGUGCCAACUCUUACCCCACGUCUUGUGAAGGAAAUCAACCUAUUGAACAUGCUGUUAGGAUGUUUGGAAAAUAUUUUCAUUUCUUGUGCUGAAAAUGGACGUUUACAGGUGUCCAGGUGGGUACAUUUGUAUGAGACAACAAUACGCGUUGUUGAAGAUAUUCGAUUUGUUAUGAGCCAUAUGGUGGUGUCCAAAUAUGUAACCAAUAACCAUCAAGACAUCUCAAGAACUUGGUUGAAACUUCUAUCCUAUGUGCAGGGAAUGAACCCUCAAAAGAGAGAAACGGGUCAACAUAUAGAAGAAGAGAAUGAGAAUGUCCAUUUGCCUUUUGCUUUAGGGCAUUUUAUAGCCAAUAUUCACUCUCUAUUUGUGGAUGGGGCGUUUUCUGAUGCUAGCAAGGGAGAGGCGGGUGAUGAAACAGUUUGGACCUUGAAUCAUAAUGAAUCGGAUGAUGGAGGUGAUCUAAGACAUGCUAAGGUAGGGAGACUAUCCCAGGAAAGCUCUGCAUGUAAUGUGACUAGUAGCAGUGUCUUUGCUACACCAAAAGUUCUUGAGAUAAAAUCUGAUGCCUCUUCUCAUCUGCUUCCAUAUUCAGUCACUUGGUUGAUAUAUGAGUGUUUAAGGGCUGUUGAAAAUUGGUUGGGAGUUGAGAAUACACCCGGGGUACUUCCUAGUGGUACUAGCAAUAUUUCAGCAUCUAAAGGGGCAGUAUCUAAUCUCAGAAGGGGUAAAUUGAAAACAAAUGAAGAAAUAGGUUCAGAAAACGCCUACGCUCAUUCCAGUUUUGAUAAUGGUAGAGCAUCUGAAAAGUAUAUUCUCACGUCAACAGAUGGUAGUGCCAUGGAAGAAGAUUUUACUGUGGAAUCAGAUGGAUUACGUUUUCUAUCAUCACCUGAUUGGCCACAAAUAGUCUAUGAUGUUAGUUCACAAGAUAUAUCUGUUCACAUCCCGUUUCAUAGAUUCCUUUCAAUGCUGUUACAAAAGGCACUAAGAAGAUAUUUUUGUGAAUCUGAAGUGCUAGACGUGACUGACAUUUGUGCUGCAAAUUCAUCAUCAACAAUCUAUAAUGACUUCUUUGGACAUGCUUUACGAGGAAGUCAUCCAUAUGGUUUCUCUGCCUUUAUAAUGGAGAAUCCUUUGCGUAUUAGGGUCUUUUGUGCUGAAGUCCAUGCUGGAAUGUGGCGUAAAAAUGGAGAUGCUGCUUUACUAUCGUGUGAAUGGUAUAGAUCAGUGCGCUGGUCUGAACAAGGUCUGGAGCUUGAUCUAUUUCUUCUUCAAUGUUGUGCAGCACUUGCUCCAGAAGAUCUUUUUGUCAGUAGAGUUUUAGAGCGCUUUGGACUGUCAAACUACUUAUCCCUGAAUCUUGAACAGUCUAGCGAAUAUGAACCUGUUUUAGUUCAAGAAAUGCUUACUCUUAUUAUUCAGAUAGUAAAAGAACGGCGCUUUUGUGGGCUAACUGCUGCUGAAAGUGUGAAAAGAGAACUAAUUUAUAAGCUAUCCAUUGGAAAUGCUACUCACAGUCAAUUGGUGAAGUCUCUUCCUCGCGAUCUUUCCAAGUUUGAUAAGCUUCAAGAUAUUUUGGAUACUGUUGCUGUAUAUUCCAAUCCAUCUGGCUUUAAUCAGGGUAUGUAUUCUCUACGGUGGCUAUUUUGGAAAGAAUUGGAUUUGUAUCAUCCACGUUGGAAUUCAAAGGAUUUGCAAGUUGCUGAAGAAAGAUACCUGCGCUUUUGCAGCGUCUCUGCACCAACUACUCAGCUGCCCAAGUGGACCAACAUUUAUCCUCCCUUGAAGGGGAUAGCUAGAAUAGCCACUUGCAAAGUUGCCUUCGAGAUUAUCCGUGCCGUGCUAUUUUAUGCUGUUGUUACUUUUAAAUCUCCUGAAUCUCGUGCUCCUGAUAGUGUUCUUUUACCGGCACUACAUUUGCUAUCAUUAUCAUUAGAUAUCUGCUUUCAGCAGAAAGAAAAUACUGAUAAUGCAUUUAAUCAUACUGCUCAACUUCCCGUUAUAGCAUUCUCUGGAGAAAUAAUUGAUGAGAGUUCUUUUUAUGGUGUUGGGGAACAAAGCUUGCUGUCACUUCUUGUUUUAUUGAUGGGAAUGAGCAGAAAGGAAAAUGAUGACAGCAACGCAGAGGCUGGUGGUUUGUCUUCUCUAGUUGAAAGCUUAUUGAAAAAGUUUGCUGAGCUUGACGAUAGUUGCAUGAUUAAGUUGCAAAAACUUGCCCCUGAAGUGGUGAAUCAUAUUCCUGAAUGUGUUCCAACUGGAGACCCUAGUAUCUCUUUGUCAGCUUCUGACAGCGAGAAACGCAAGGCAAAAGCCCGAGAGAGGCAGGCGGCAGUAAUGGAGAAAAUGAGAGCCCAACAGACAAAAUUUAUGGCUAGCAUUGAAUCAAUUAUUGAUGAUGGCUCUCAACUUGGUCACGAAGGUGACUUAGAAGCUGAACAUGAUUCUGAAGAAUCCAAACAAGUUGUUUGCUCUCUUUGUCACGACCAUAAUUCAAGACUUCCAAUUUCCUUUUUGAUUCUUCUUCAGAAAUCUAGGCUUGUUAGUUCUAUUGAAAGAGGUCCCCCAUCAUGGACCCAACUUCGCCGAUCAGAUAAAGAACCCAUGUCUGUCUGUAACACCAAGGAGGUAGACAAAACGGCUAUUAAUCAGAAUUCAGGUAGUACGGAAUCAACAUUAUCUUCCGACUUAACUCAGUCAGUUCAGAAUGCUACCAGUGAGUUAGCUUCUAGUGGGCAACCUGUGGAAGUUAAUACUUUUCUACAAUAUAUGAAGAACCAUUUCCCAGCAUUGGGAGAUUUUCAACUCCCAGACACGCCUGGUGAUGAAAAAGAAAAACCGCCAUAUACUUUUGAGACAUUAGAGCAGGUAAUAUACGUUUCCGUUCGUGACCAAAUGCACAAUCUUAUGUCAUCUUCAAAUUUCAUUGAUGAGGAUGAGAAAGUUCCAUCUGCUGAAGGGAACUCAAAUGUUAGAAUUACUGGAUCUGCAUUGAUUGGGAAAUAUGCAGCUGAAAUUGUGAGAGAAAUAUCAGAGGUUUCUUCUGCAUCUGGAAAUGCUGGUAAUGAGAAUGCUUCUGUAGAAUCAACAUCACAGCGUCUAGAAAAUGUUGGAUUUGGCCCAACCGAUUGUGAUGGAGUUCAUCUUUCUUCUUGUGGACAUGCUGUACAUCAAGGAUGUCUUAGCCGAUACUUGUCUUCAUUAAAAGAAAGAUCUGUCAGAAGAAUUGUGUUUGAAGGAGGACACAUUGUUGAUCCAGAUCAGGGAGAGAUUCUCUGCCCAGUGUGCCGCCGACUAGUAAAUUGUGUCUUGCCAACUUUACCUGGAGAAUUACACGACCCUCUUGUCUCUAGUACGAGUUCAAUACAGAGUACAACCCCCUUUGCUGAUUUGAAUGACGAGACUUAUUCACUUCACCUACAACAAGCUCUCAACCUCUUAAAGUUUGCUACCAAUGCCGUUGGAAAAGAUGAAUUUCUAAAAGCUAUUCCUUUGCAUCAUAUUGAUAAAACUAGACCAAUUGUUGACAAUUUUUCAUUGGUGCUUUCUAAAAUGUAUUUCCCUGGAAAACAAGAAAAGUUAUCGAGAUUUUCGAAAGUUAACCACUCACUGCUGAUGUGGGAUACUCUCAAGUAUUCAUUGACCUCAAUGGAGAUUGUUGCACGUUGUGGAAAGGCUUCUUUUACUCCAAACUUUGCUCUUAGUGCCAUGUAUGAAGAACUCAAAUCUUCAAGUGGCUUUAUAUUAUACAUGUUGCUGAAACUUGUUCAAAAGACACGGAGUAAGAAUUCUAUUCACGUACUUCAAAGAUUUAGAGGUAUUCAACUCUUUGCAGAAUCAAUUUGCUCUGGGGUUUCCCUCAGUCAUGCAGAUAAUGUUUCUGGGAAAGGUGACAUGUUAUCAGUCUUGAAGCGUAUUGAAAUGGACCAGGCGAACACUGAUAUAUGCUUUUGGAAUCAGGCUUCAGAUCCUGUACUUGCUCAUGACCCUUUCUCAACAUUGAUGUGGGUUCUCUUUUGUCUACCACACCCAUUUUUAACAUGUGAAGAAUCUUUGUUAUCCCUAGUGCACACUUUCUAUAUAGUAGCUGUAACCCAGGCUAUAAUUUUGUAUUAUGAGAAAUCUCAAGAUAAAUCAUCAAGCGAAUCAGCUCUUUCAGAUUGCAUGAUUACUGACAUAAAUAAAAUUAUGGGAGAGUCUGGAUGUGCUUCGCAGCAUUUUGUGUCAAACUAUUUCGACCAUAAUGUUGAUAUUAAAGAUGCAAUUAGGAAGUUUAGUUUUCCUUAUCUGCGAAGAUGUGCAUUGUUGUGGAAGAUACUAUAUUCUUCUAUCCCAGCACCGUUCUGUGAUGAGGGAAAUAUGUCAAAUAGACCAUUGAUUAUCCAAAGGGACACAAUGGGCAGUGCUGAUAUUAACAUGUUUGAGAUUAUUAAAAUUCAAGAGCUUGAGAAUAUGUUUAAAAUUCCCCCUCUGGAUGUGGUUCUCAAAGACGAUCUUUCAAGAUCUUCAGUUUCUAUUUGGUGUCGCCAUUUUUGCAAGGAAUUUGAAUCACAGAGAAUUCAACGUAAUAUUCAUGUAACUCCUGCAGUUCCAUUUAGUUUAAUGAAAUUACCAAAUGUUUAUCAGGAUCUCUUGCAGAGGUGUAUCAAACAGCGCUGCCCUGAGUGCAAAUCACAUCUUGAUGAUCCUGCAGCGUGCCUAUUGUGCGGUAGAUUGUGCUCCCCAAGCUGGAAAUCAUGCUGCAGGAAAAGUGGAUGCCAAACUCAUUCUGCAACUUGUGGAGCUGGUACCGGAGUGUUUCUGUUAAUUAAGAGAACUACAAUCCUACUACAGAGAUCUGCACGUCAGGCACCUUGGCCUUCUCCAUACUUGGAUACUUUUGGCGAGGAGGAUUUUGAAAUGAAUAGAGGCAAGCCAAUCUUCCUAAAUGAGGAGCGUUAUGCUGCUUUGACGUAUAUGGUUGCUUCUCAUGGUCUGGACCGGAGUUCCAAGGUUCUUGGCCAGACAACUAUUGGUUCCUUCUUCCUGGUUUAG